CGCAUGCUCAGUACACCUACGCGGAGCCGUAGCCUGCAGCACACCGGGCUCCCCAGCCGCGGCUCGGCCCGUGUCCGCGCUGCCAUGGCCGGGCCCCAGGUGCUGAAGCACCGGCGCACCACGCUGGAGCGGGCCGAGAAGUUCCUCUCCGAGCACGGCUUCCCCGACUGCAACCUCCGGGGCAGGCUGUUUGGGGACACCUGCCCCCUGGUGUCUCUCUCCUGCUUCCAGACCCCUCAGCGAAUCCCACAUGAUGAAGCUGUCAGACAAGAAUUCAGACCUGCGAAAAUUGGGGAUUCCUUUGGACCCACGUGGUGGACCUGCUGGUUUAAAGUGGAGCUUAGCAUCCCCAGAGAAUGGGCGGGGAAGGAAGUGCAUCUCCUGUGGGAAAGCGAUGGGGAGGGGAUGGUGUGGAGGGAUGCGCAGCCGGUCCAGACACAGGGUUUGACUAAAGAAGGGGAGAAGACCAGCUACAUCCUGACAGAAGGCCUCAAGGAGGCGGAGCCUCACAGUCUGACUGUCUACGUGGAAGUUGCUUGCAAUGGUCUCUUUGGGGCUGGAAAAGGCAGCCUGAUUGCACCUCCUGACCCUGACAAGAAGUUCACCCUGAACAAGGCGGAGCUUGUGGUCUUCAACAGGGAUGUCCAUGAGCUGCUGGUAGAUUUUGAGAUACUAGUGGACAUGGCCAAGGUCCUCGGGGAGGAAAACCAGCGGAGCUUCCAGACACUGUACGUGGCCAAUCAGAUGGUUAACCUGCUUGACGUCACUGACCCCUCUACCUUCCCUGCAGUGCGUCAGCUCGCCUCUUCCAUCUUCAGCCAGAAGAACGGAGAGAGCCAGCACACUAUCCACGCUAUGGGCCACUGCCACAUCGAUUCUGCCUGGCUGUGGCCAUACGAGGAGUCUAUCCGCAAGUGUGCUCGCAGCUGGGUGACUGUCAUACGCCUGAUGGAGAAGAACCCGGAGUUCACGUUUGUCUGCUCACAGGCCCAGCAGUUUGAGUGGGUGAGGAACUGGUAUCCUGGGCUGUACGCUCAGAUUCAGGACUAUGCCAAAGAGGGACGGUUCAUACCUGUUGGUGGCACUUGGGUAGAAAUGGACGGGAAUCUUCCCAGUGGCGAAUCGAUGGUGCGUCAGUUCCUGCAGGGACAGCGGUUUUUCCAGCAGCAGUUUGGGAGGCUCUGCUCGGAGUUCUGGUUGCCAGACACCUUUGGAUACUCGGCCCAGCUGCCCCAGUUGAUGCGUGGUUGUGGGAUACAAUGGUUCCUCACUCAGAAACUCAGCUGGAGCCUGGUGAACACCUUCCCGCACAGUACCUUUUUCUGGGAAGGCAUUGACGGCUCCCAAGUUCUGACCCAUUUCCCGCCUGGCAAUUCCUAUGAGCUAAAAGGUCGAGUGGAGGAGAUGCUGAAAACCAUGAACAACAACAGAGACAAAGGCCGUGUGAACCACAGCGCCGCUCUCUUUGGGUUUGGAGACGGAGGAGGUGGCCCGACCCAGAAGAUGCUGGACAGGCUGAAGCGAAUGAGAGACACAGAUGGGCUACCCAGGGUUCAGAUGUCCACACCUGACCGGUUUUUCUCUAUGCUGGAGAAGGAGAAGACCCAGCUGUUCACCUGGAUAGGAGAACUGUUCCUGGAGCUGCACAACGGCACUUAUACCACUCAGGCGCAGAUAAAGAAAGGGAAUCGGGAGUGCGAGCGGAUACUCCAUGAUGCUGAAGUACUGAGCAGUUUUGCUCUGACCCACAAAAAUACUUUCCAGUAUCCUUCCAUCAAACUGCAGCAUCUCUGGAGGCUGCUACUCCUGAAUCAGUUCCAUGAUGUGUUGCCGGGCAGCUGUAUCCAGCUAGUGGUGGAGGAUGCCAUGAGAUACUACGCAGAAAUCCGUAGCGUGGGUGGUCUCCUCAUUAAAGAUGCUGUUCGGUCCUUGUUUGGAGAACUUUUGCCGACUGGUCCCGAGACAGCAGAAAGCCUCCUUGUUCUGAACACUUUGCCCUGGGAACGGACUGAAGUUGUCUCCAAGACUGGAGCAAAGACCUUAGCCUUGGUGAAGGUGCCUAGCAUGGGCUACUCUGUCGUAGAGGAUUCGUUAACACCCCCUCAUCCCGUGACGGUGACAAAACAGGCGGACGGCUCUGUGACCAUGGAGAACGGGGUUAUCGCGGCUCACCUGGACUCCAUGGGGCGUGUGGUGUCGCUUCGCUUAGUGCACUCGGGGAGAGAGUCAGUCCAGGAUGGUCACUGCGCUAACCAGUUUGUGAUAUUUGAUGACGUUCCCUUGUACUGGGAUGCUUGGGAUGUGAUGGAUUAUCACCUGGAAACCAGGAAGCCAAUCACAACCCUUCUGAAGCCUCUGGAGAUUGUCCUGGCUGGGGGCCUGCGAGGAAGUGUGAAAUUCUCUCUGCAGAUCAGCGAGCGGAGUGUCAUCACCCAAGAAGUCAUCCUGGAUGCCAUGUGUCCUUAUCUUCGAUUCCUGACCCAGGUUGACUGGAACGAGGCUCACCGAUUCCUGAAGGUGGAGUUCCCGUUGCGGGUUCGGAGCAUGAAUGCAACGUAUGAGAUUCAGUUUGGGCACCUGCAGAGGCCGACGCACUGGAACACGUCCUGGGACUGGGCUCGGUUUGAGGUGUGGAGUCACAAGUGGAUGGACCUGUCUGAGCACGGCUUCGGGGUGGCACUGCUGAACGACUGCAAAUACGGCGCGUCAGUGCGCAAGAACGUGAUGAGCCUCUCGCUGCUGAGAGCGCCAAAGUCACCAGAUGCCACUGCAGAUAUUGGACCCCAUCAGUUCACCUAUGCCCUGAUGCCUCACAGGGGUUCCUUCCAGGAGGCGGGGGUGAUCCAUUAUGCCUACAACUUGAACUUCCCCCUGCACACCGGGCCAGCUGUGUCAGCGCAGCGCCCAGCCUGGAGUGCCUUCUCUGUGCACUCACCAGCUGUUGUGCUAGAAACCGUCAAACAGGCUGAGGACAGGCUGGACGGGCUGUUAGUCAGGCUGUAUGAGUCACAUGGCAGCACGGUGGUCACGUGGCUCCAGACCUCCCUUCCUGUGAAGGAAGCAAUCAGCUGUGACCUCCUGGAGCGGCCAGACCUGAGCAGUCAUCUGCCACUGGAGGAGCAUGGCCUGAAGCUUUCUUUUACGCCGUUCCAAGUGCGCUCUGUCCUCUUGAUCUUGAGGCAGUAAGAGGACUAUCCUGCUGGCAGCCCUGCCCCUAUCCCGGCACCAGGCAGAAAUCAUUGUACUCGGGGCGAUUCACUAGCUUCUCAAAUCAUGGACACGUCGAUUCCAGCACCACAGCUACACAAUGGGGGUAGUAAUGAGUUGCCCCUUCUCAGUGUGCGCCAAGGGGGGGUCUCAGGGCAGAGCUCAGCUGCCUCUGGGCUCAAGUCAGCACCGAUUCUGAGUGUAAAUGCCUGACUGGUGGGCUACGACCUUAGUAACGUCGGGGGUGGGGAGAUCUUGAUUUGUGGGGGGAAGAUCACAGAGCUGGUGUUGUACUGGCUUAACCCACUAGUGAACAUCCCAAAUAGAAUCCUGUCCUUUUCAGGGGAGAGGUGCUGGGGUUUGAUCCUUGAUAAUGGCAGAAUCGGUUCCUUUUACUGCGUGCCCUACAACUCCUAACCGUCCUGUGCUUCCCUGGGUGGGGUUUUCUCCACAACACUAACAGCGAGGCGCUUUACUGUUUCUGCAGACGUGGCUUCUUUGUGCCUCGUCUUUCUGUAGAAACUGAGCAUCAAACACUGAGUCACUUGCUGAGUAAAGUGGUGACUGUUUGACUCUUGCCUGUGGCAUCAGAAAUGGGGCCGCUGCUCUUCACUCAGACCAGUGCCCGGCCGCUAAUAAAAUCCCUAGUGUAGGAGCCACAAAGCUUCCUAGGCUCCUAAAUCCUGUUUUUAGGCUCAACUGUGACCCUCAAAGCUCCUGUUCGGCUGCCGUCCAACCCUGCAGGCCCCUCCGGUUCUGCAGUGCGUGCUAGGGUUUCUGCCUCUCUACACGCAGGCUGUUGCCUCACUCGAGGUGUCCUACCUACCCCCUAGAGCGAGUGAGCCAUGACCUGGUGUUCCCCUAAGUCACAGGUGGGGCCAGUGGACAUGCUCAGAGGCUGUCUAGCUCCACAGGACAGCUGCCGGGGGGGACUUCACUUAUCAGCUGUAGCCCUGUGAUUAGACUGCUGGGAGGAGACCCUGGUUCAAGUCUCCCCUCUGCUGGAUAAGAAGAAGGGAUUUGUGCAGGGAUCUGCUGCCUCUCAGGUCAGGGGCCCUGAGCCUGGGAUAUUCUCAUGUAGUCUCCCUCAAUCUCUCCUAUUGAGGUUUUCACUUUAAUUAAAUAAUUGAAUAAUUAACAGGGCCAGAGAAAGUUAGAAUGACUCUGCUUGGGGCACUCACCUGAGAGGUGGCAGAGGUCUGUUCAGAUCUCUUCUCAGCUGGCAGAGGAGGGACUUGAACCCCAUUUGUCCAUGCUCUUUUGUGGAAUUAGGCAGCUUCUGAGUACCCUUACUGGAUCGGGCCCCGCUUGUGACUUAGGCAGCCGAACCCCUGUUUGCUCCUGGUUUGUGGAUUCCUACCAAAGAUAGGUGCCUUCCACCAGCCCAGACUUAGGGGCUGAACUCAGAGAGAGGGGCAAGGCUUAGCACACUCCUCUUGCUGGCCUCUUCCAUUGUCUCCCCACCUACCUUACUGGCUUUAUGCAUUGUUCUCAAAGGCACCUGUCUCACCCCAUUCACUGUGAAGGCUCCUACCGCAGGGUUGUUCCUAUGAUUUUCUAGGUGUCUAAAAGUUAGGCAUUGUGGUGCCUCAGACCCUUUUGUGGAUACAGGCCUUAGGGCUUUCAGUAUCAUUAUCCCCACUUGACAGUGGGAAACUGAGGCCCGGAGCAGUGAUGUGGCUUGCCCAAGUAGUCUACUAGCUAGGACCUAUGUUGAGCACUAAGGGGUAACCCAUCAGCUAGAAAAAUGUUCUUGCUACCACACUAGGCACCUCUCUGGUGCUCAUCACCAGGGUGGAUGGAGAUGCUGGAAAUGGUGCAGUUUUCUAAAUCAUGCAAUAUUUAAAUGUUGGGCAUCCAAUCACAAAAAGAGCCACACUUCAUAGAAAGGUGGUUUAAUUUUGACCAAAAUUUGCAGAAAGCAUUGAAAUACAAUUGGUAAUGGAACUAAUACUCAAAGCAACCCUGGUUUGGAAAGAUUGGGAAAUAUUUAGUCCCCCCAGUGAUAUAUUUUAUACAUAUUCCUGUGUUGUUUUGCCUUUGGUUAAAACAGAAGUCUGUGGUCACACAACAUUAUGAGUUUGUUUGUACCAUGUAUUACAUCAAAAUAUGUGUCAUUAUUUGUAGAAUGUACUAAUUUGAGAAAAGGUUUUCCGUCUGUUAUUUUUCUGAAGUUAUGCAGAUAAAACCCCCUACCUCUUAAUUAUAAAACAUAGUUUGAUGUUAUCUGCUCUGCCAGAGACACACGUGAGGAAGGAACAUGGAAUGGAAUCUGUAAGGCUAGGGCAGAGAGUGUAGCCUUAAAAUGUAGACUAUUGCAAACUAUAAUCAUGGCUGUUAAAUGGUUAAGACAACAUGCCACAACAUUGGCAGGGCAAAUAACAGAAACAAAGAAAGAGUUCAAAGAAGCAGGGGAAGCCACAGAGCCCUGGAAUGCUCCCGCUCUCCUAACCGGUCAGCAAGCAAUCCAGGAACAGAAUAAAACAUUGUGGAAACAGCUGUAAAAAUCUACAAAAAAAGAGAGGUGCUGUGCCAUUAUACAUAUUGGUGGUCAGCAGGCAUCAGGUAGCUACCCUGUGCCUGAAGAGUGGGAACAGGAAUGAAGAAAGGUGGCCCUAGGAAAAUGAAAAGAUGCAUUAACAGAUGGAGUUGCCCCAAAACAGUUAACUGAAGCAUAUAAGGGCACUGCUGCACUCCAUGUGGCAUGCAGACAAAAGCAACAGACACUGGCACGGGGUGGGGGGAGACAAAUUGAGGUUUUGCAAGAGCAGGUAACAACCCCCACUUUCAAAGCCCAGAUAAAAACCAGGGGUGCAAGUUCCCAACUGCUUUAACCCCUAGAGCCACGCUCCUUGCUCAUGGCUAAAAAUAUAACCACCUUUCGCAAAUAUUUUUACAUACCAGUUAAGUUUUCCUUUAUCGCCUUUCUCAGUCUGCUAAACUUGCUGCUGCUGCCAGUACCUUAAGAUGACUUUAUAGAGUUAAUUUCUCUUGGCUCAGGUCUCGCUCCCUUCCUCGGUUGCUCUUCAUCCCCUCUUCCCCUUCCUCUCCUCACUUGGUCUCUCUCUCUCUGUUUUAAAAGUUACAGGUUUUACAGAAACUUCCAAAACAUAACAAAACAACAAUCAAACAAAGAAAAAAACAAGGUAAACAUUUUACUUCAAAAAAAAAUCCAGUAAAUUAAUAAUUUUAACCCUUCAGGAAUGCAGUUGCUGGAAUUACUCCUAACUUUCUUGAAUUAUGAUUGCCAAGCAACAGAAAUGCACAUUCUGCUUCUAAUCCUAACCACUCACUAAUAUUUGAAACAUGGGCGUUCCUUAUUACCACAUAGCAGAGUUUUAAAAUAAAGUUAAUAUAAAAUAACGGAAAAGGCCUCGUUACUGAAUUAAUACAACAACUUUUGCAAAUAUCAAUUUGAAUUAUUAUUUUUAUUAAAUUAAAUAAGGUAAUAACUUGCUUCUUUAAAGGGCUAACCAUUUUGUUUAUUUUUUGAAAUAUUUUUUUAUUUUUGUUUGUCUUACCUUGCGUAGGUAUCAAUAAGAAUUCUGGCGCCACUUGUUUUUAAGUGUAAGUUUGUCACGUAUGCUGCCCUGUGUUGUACGUUAUGGGUGUAACAUCACUUUUUUUUAAAAUUAUUUUUAUUGCAACAAAAGUCAAUUUUAUACCUUUAAAAAAAUUUUUAUAUAUAUAUAUAUAUAUAU